GUUGUACCAGGAGGAGAUUUUGAAGCUUACUGUUGGCAGAAUCCAAAAGAGACACUUGUUACUCAGAACUCCAGAAGAACCCGUGAAGAACGUUUCAGCCAGCAUGAAGGUGGACUUGAAGAUCCAGCUCCUGAAGUUCUGCUUCACCCUGUUCAACUCCGUCUUCCUGGCUCUGGGUCUCAGUGUGGCCGGUUGUGCAGUCUGGAUCCUGUUUGACACUGGAAACUUCCUGAACAUCCUCCCAACUGAUGAGUUGCGUACAGUGGGGGCGGGGCUGUUAGUCUCUGGAGGCGUGGUGCUCCUGGUUGGUGGUGUGGGAUGUUUCGGCGCUCACGGUGAGAACAGAUUCUUCCUGCUGAUGUACCUUGGCUUCCUGAUCGUCAUCUUCCUGGGCCAGCUGUUCAUCUCUCUGCUUCUGAUCCUCAGCGAAGACAAGAUCGAGCAGAGUCUGGAUGCGGUGGUGGAUCAGACGAUUUCCCAGUACGGAGGAAAUCACACCAACACCAACCGACUGCUGGACAACGUGCAGCACUAUGGGAAGUACUGUGGUCGGACGGGCCCUGCUGAUUGGCUGAAGAACUCUUUCAUCCAGAGCCUGAAUCUGACCAAUCCUGACAUCCGGCCGUGUUCCUGUUUCGGCUGGUCUUAUCCUGAUUUGAACUCUCCCUGGUGUUCCGACCUCCUGAACAUCACCACUCCACUGUUUGGACGAGGAAACGUGUCAUAUGAACAG